AUGCUUGUGAACGGUCGCGUUUUCCUCCAUGCUCCUCCUUGUCUAAAAUGCUGGCUCACUCCCCUCCACCCACUCUUUAUAGUACGAGAGUUAACAGAAGACGACAAGGAGGAGAUCUUGGCCUCGGAGAAGUUCUGUGAUUUCUUUAUGCAGGCUUCUCGCCUGAUGGAGCGCGCUCUCGAUGAGGACACGGACAUUUUCAUGGACUACAGUGGAGCUGAUCGCCAGGACACUGGGAAGAGUCAAGAAUUGAUUAAGCUCCAGCGAGCCUUCUUUGACGAACGAUGGUCCGCCAAUCGGAUCGUCACCGCCCUGGACUGGUCGUCCGUGUAUCCGGAGCUCCUUCUCGGCGCUUAUGACGCCAAUGAGGAGGCUAAGAAUGAACCACAGGGCGUGUGUCUGAUAUGGAACCUGAAGUACAAGAAGACCACUCCGGAGUACGUCUUCAACUUCCAGACCGCCAUCACUGCGGCCAUUCUGUCGGAGUUUCAUCCCAGUCUGGUGAUUGGUGGAACAUACGCCGGGCAGAUAGUCCUCUGGGAUACACGUGUCGACAACCCCGUUCUCUGUGAUGGUGAUGUUUACUCAAAAAGACCUCGCCUGCUUUUUCGGGACAUUUCUCGUUAG